UUCCAGAGCCUAGCCCAGCUAGAGAACCUGUGCAAGCAGCUGUAUGAGACCACAGACACUGCGACACGGCUCCAGGCAGAGAAAGCCUUGGUGGAGUUCACCAACAGUCCAGACUGCCUGAGCAAGUGCCAGCUUCUUCUAGAAAGAGGGAGUUCAUCCUACUCCCAGCUCUUGGCAGCCACAUGCCUUACAAAACUGGUGUCACGCACAAACAACCCUUUACCACUGGAACAGCGAAUAGAUAUUCGGAACUAUGUGCUCAACUACCUUGCCACAAGGCCAAAGCUGGCAACGUUUGUCACGCAAGCACUGAUCCAGCUCUAUGCCAGGAUCACCAAGCUGGGCUGGUUUGACUGUCAGAAGGAUGAGUAUGUCUUCAGGAACGUGAUCACAGAUGUCACAAGGUUUUUACAGGAUAGUGUAGAGCACUGCAUCAUAGGAGUGACAAUCCUGUCCCAACUAACUAAUGAAAUUAAUCAAGCUGAUACUACUCACCCACUGACCAAGCACAGGAAAAUAGCCUCUUCCUUCCGAGAUUCAUCCUUAUUUGAUAUUUUCACACUGUCAUGCAACUUACUGAAACAGGCUUCUGGGAAGAACCUAAAUCUAAAUGAUGAGAGCCAGCAUGGUCUGCUCAUGCAGCUGCUUAAGCUGACACAUAAUUGCCUGAACUUUGAUUUCAUUGGCACAUCAACAGAUGAGUCCUCAGAUGAUCUUUGCACUGUGCAGAUCCCAACCAGUUGGAGAUCAGCAUUCUUGGAUUCUUCGACACUUCAGUUGUUCUUUGAUCUGUAUCAUUCCAUCCCUCCUUCGUUUUCUCCUCUGGUUUUAUCCUGCUUGGUGCAGAUUGCCUCUGUCCGCAGAUCCCUUUUCAACAAUGCAGAAAGGGCAAAGUUCUUAUCUCAUCUCGUUGACGGAGUUAAACGGAUACUGGAAAACCCACAGAGCCUGUCAGACCCAAACAACUACCACGAGUUCUGCCGGUUGCUGGCCCGGUUGAAAAGCAAUUACCAGCUGGGAGAGCUGGUGAAGGUAGAGAACUACCCCGAGGUCAUCCGACUCAUUGCCAACUUCACUGUCACCAGCCUGCAGCACUGGGAGUUUGCCCCAAACAGUGUUCACUAUCUCCUGAGCCUGUGGCAGAGACUGGCUGCAUCUGUGCCCUAUGUUAAAGCCACAGAGCCUCACAUGCUGGAAACAUACACACCAGAAGUCACAAAAGCUUAUAUCACAUCCAGGCUGGAAUCUGUGCACAUCAUCCUGAGGGAUGGUUUGGAGGAUCCCCUGGAUGACACUGGCCUUGUGCAGCAGCAGCUGGAUCAGCUGUCCACCAUUGGCCGGUGUGAGUAUGAGAAGACCUGUGCUCUGCUGGUGCAGCUCUUUGACCAGUCAGCCCAGUCCUACCAGGAGCUGCUGCAGAGUGCCACUGCCAGCCCCAUGGAUGUUGCUGUCCAAGAAGGGCGCCUGACAUGGCUGGUCUACAUCAUCGGGGCGGUGAUCGGCGGGCGCGUCUCCUUCGCCAGCACGGAUGAGCAGGAUGCCAUGGAUGGAGAGCUGGUCUGUCGGGUGCUGCAGUUGAUGAACCUGACGGACUCUCGGCUGGCACAGGCUGGGAAUGAGAAGCUGGAGUUGGCCAUGCUGAGCUUCUUUGAGCAGUUCAGGAAGAUCUAUAUUGGAGAUCAGGUGCAGAAGUCUUCCAAGCUGUACCGCCGCCUCUCCGAGGUCCUGGGGUUGAAUGAUGAGACCAUGGUCCUGAGUGUCUUCAUAGGGAAAAUCAUCACCAACCUGAAGUACUGGGGUCGAUGUGAGCCUAUCACCUCCAAGACGCUGCAGCUGCUCAAUGACCUCUCCAUUGGGUACAGCAGUGUCAGGAAGCUGGUGAAGCUGAGUGCUGUGCAGUUCAUGCUGAACAAUCACACGAGUGAGCACUUUUCUUUCCUGGGCAUUAACAAUCAGUCCAACCUGACUGACAUGAGAUGUCGGACUACGUUCUACACUGCACUUGGGCGUCUUCUCAUGGUGGAUUUAGGGGAAGAUGAGGAUCAGUAUGAGCAGUUCAUGCUUCCCCUCACAGCUGCCUUUGAGACUGUGGCACAGAUGUUCAGCACAAACACUUUCAAUGAACAAGAGGCAAAAAGAACUUUGGUUGGUUUGGUGAGAGACUUGAGGGGAAUAGCCUUUGCCUUCAAUGCCAAGACCAGCUUCAUGAUGCUAUUUGAGUGGAUCUACCCAUCCUACAUGCCAAUCCUCCAGAGGGCAAUUGAGCUGUGGUACCACGACCCAGCCUGCACUACACCUGUCCUCAAACUGAUGGCUGAGCUGGUACAUAACAGGUCCCAACGGCUGCAGUUUGAUGUCUCCUCCCCAAAUGGCAUCCUGCUCUUGCGAGAAACNNUCUCCUUCUGUGCCCACAUAGGAAAUCGUAUCCUGACGCUUGGGGAGGUCCCAAAGGAUCAGGUCUAUGCCUUGAAGCUGAAGGGGAUUUCCAUCUGCUUCUCCAUGCUGAAGGCUGCGCUGAGCGGGAGCUACGUGAACUUCGGGGUCUUCCGCCUCUACGGGGAUGAUGCACUGGACAAUGCCCUGCAGACCUUCAUCAAGCUUCUGCUCUCCAUCCCUCACAGUGACCUGCUGGAUUAUCCCAAGCUCAGCCAGUCAUACUAUUCCUUGCUGGAAGUUCUUACCCAGGACCACAUGAACUUUAUAGCCAGUCUGGAGCCUCAUGUAAUCAUGUAUAUUCUCUCUUCCAUUUCAGAAGGCCUCACUGCACUAGACACCAUGGUUUGCACAGGCUGCUGCUCCUGCCUGGACCACAUUGUCACCUAUCUCUUCAAGCAGCUGUCCCGCAGCACCAAGAAGAGGACAACCCCUCUGGCCCAGGAGAGCGACCGCUUCCUGCACAUCAUGCAGCAGCACCCAGAGAUGAUUCAGCAGAUGCUGUCGACAGUGCUGAAUAUCAUCAUCUUUGAGGACUGCAGGAACCAGUGGUCAAUGUCUCGGCCUCUGCUCGGCUUGAUACUGCUCAAUGAAAAGUAUUUCUCUGACUUGAGGAACAGCAUAGUGAACAGCCAGCCUCCAGAGAAGCAGCAGGCCAUGCACCUCUGCUUUGAGAACCUCAUGGAAGGCAUUGAACGCAACCUCCUCACCAAGAACAGAGACAGGUUCACCCAAAACCUCUCAGCCUUCCGGAGGGAGGUGAACGACUCCAUGAAAAACUCCACCUACGGCGUGAACAGCAACGACAUGAUGAGCUGACGUCUCCCAACUUCCACCUGUACAGAGCAGCAUCUCUUGGGCCUGGCCCGGAGGGGUUAACGUUUCCGAUGGAAAGAAAAAAGAGGGCGUUUCUAAUCCCUGCUCUUCCCCAGGGCUGGAUUGAGGUCUCCAAGUCCGGUGGGAGGAGGGAACAGGAGG